CUUGUUUCAUUUUUAUAAUAAAAUAGUUUAAUAGUAAGAGAUACAUACUUAUUUUUGGAAUUAAGUAAUCUUUAUAAGAAGAAAGAAAAUGGAUACAGAUUAUAAGAAUAUGGUAGCUGUUGAGUUCAAUGAUUGUGUUAUAUUUCAAGAAACAGAAUCAUAUUCAUCUGGUUUUCGACAUAUGGAAGAAAUUCGACGUCAAGGAAAAUUAUGUGAUGUUAUUUUGAAAGUGGAUGGUCAUUCAUUUUCUGCUCAUAAAAUUGUACUUGCUGCCACAAUUCCAUAUUUCUAUGCAAUGUUUACACAUGAUAUGAUUGAAAGUAAAAUGACUGAGAUUACAAUUCAUAGUAUUGAGUCAAUUGCUUUGGAAGCUUUAAUAAAUUUUGCAUACUCAGGUAUAGUAGUUUUAAAUAAGACUAACGUUCAAAGUAUAAUGGUUGGAGCAGCAUUUUUACAAUUAGAAAAAGUACGUGAUGCUUGUGCCAAUUUUUUACGUCAAAGAUUCCAUCCACAAAAUGUAUUGGGAUUUCGUCAAUUUGCUGAUACUUUGGCGUGUAAUAAUUUGUAUGAUGCAGCGGAUAAAUAUAUUGAACAAUAUUUUCAUGAAGUUUCACAAUCGGAAGAAUAUUUAAAUUUAACUUUAAAAGAGUUACUAUCGUUAAUAAAACGAGAUGCUUUGGCUGUUGAUAGCGAAGAACAAGUUUUUGAGGCAAUUAUGCGUUGGGUGAAACAUCGAGAUGGCCGAUCUGAAGAUCUACCGGUGUUGUUAUCACAAGUUCGAUUACCAUUGUUAACACCUUUAUAUUUAACGGAUCGUGUUGCUACCGAAGAAUUAAUUCGAUCUUCACAUAAAUGUCGAGAUUUGCUGGAUGAAGCCAGAGUGUAUCAUUUGUUACCUGAACGUCGAUCUCUAUUACAAAGUUUUCGUACGCGACCUAGAUCCUGUGAUACAGCUACGGGACAAAUAUUUGUUGUUGGUGGAUUAACGAAAAAUGGCGAUUCAUUAUGUACUGUUGAAAGUUAUGAUCCAACAACAGGUAAAUGGCAAACGGCACAAUCAAUGUCAAUGUUACGAUCGCGUUUAGGUGUUGCCGUAUUACAUGGUAAAUUAUAUGCAUGUGGUGGUUAUAACGGUUUGGAACGUUUAUCUACCGUUGAAGUAUUGGAUCCAUUACAUAAAGUAUGGUCAAAAGUAUCACCCAUGCAUUGUAAACGUAGUGCAUUAGGUGCAACAGCAUUAGGUAAAGUAAUUUAUGUUUGUGGUGGCUAUGAUGGUAUUACAUCAUUAAAUUCCGUUGAAAAGUAUUGUCCGAAAACUGAUAAAUGGACAAUGGUGGCGUCGAUGAAUAAAUCACGUAGUGCUGGUGCUGUUGUAGCAUUUCAAGGUUACGUGUAUGCACUAGGAGGUCAUGAUGGUUUAUCAAUAUUUAAUUCUGUUGAACGGUAUGAUCCAGGUACCGAUAGUUGGACUGAAAUGAAACCUAUGUUAACGCGUAGAUGUCGCCUUGGAGUUGCAGCACUAGGUGGAAAGUUAUAUGCUUGUGGUGGAUAUGAUGGCACGUCAUUUUUACAAACUGUGGAAGUUUAUGAUCCUACAAAAGACAGUUGGUCGUUUGUAUCACCAAUGAAUGCGCAACGAAGUCGUGUAGCGUUAACUGCAAAUCUAGGUAAAUUAUGGGCUGUAGGUGGAUACGACGGUCUUACGAAUUUAGUGAGUGUUGAAGUUUAUGAUCCAGUUGCUGAUACAUGGAAAUAUGUGGAACCAAUGUGUGCUCAUGAAGGUGGCGUUGGUGUUGGGGUUAUUUCAACAACAUAUUUAAGUUGAGAUUUUUAUUUUUUUCAUUUUUUGUUACACAAAUGAAAGUUUGUGUGUAAACUAAGCUUUAAUGCAUUCUUUAUUAACUCAGUCGUUGUUUGUUCAAUAACAAAUUUAGAAUGUGGUACUAAAACUAGUAUUUAGUAUAAAUAAUUUAAUAAAACAAAAAUAUUAUUACAUAAUUUACGAAAAACACAAUGCCGCCGAAGAUAACCUCUUUUUUAUUUUCAUCUUUCUGGAAUAAAAAUACUAAAUAUGAUUAAUCAACCAAUUAUUGUGAAAGUCAAACCGUUACUACUUAAUCUUAUCUGAAUUGUAUUCAGGAAAAUAGGGCUUAGAUUUAAUGGCAAUUAUUGAGUAGCAAAAUGAUUUUUGUAUUUGAAGGGCACAGGGAAAAAAUAUGCUGUCACACAAGCAUUGAACUUGAGAUAUUUGCAAUAAACGGUUUUAAAUCUCCUGAAAAUGUACUUUUGUGCAUAAAUUAAAGUAAAAAUGCAUUAAUUUACUUUUGAAAUAUAUUUAUUAAUAUUGUGAAGUACAAAAGAAAAAGAAAAUAUUUAUUUAGUUAGACGAAAAUUUAAAAAACCUGAGUUAACUUAGAAAUUACAUGCAAAAAACAUGCAAUGUCCACAAAAUAAAUGAAGUUUUUUGGAUAAUUUUACGCAAAAAAGUUAUCUUACUAUUCUGUCGUUAAGUUUGCCUUUUUCGAAUUAUAUAGUCUUAAUGUUUUGAAAACUCAAAAAUAUCAAUUUUCAAGGCUAAUUAAAAUUGCCAAAAUUUGUGACAUCGCAUAUUCUUUCCCUGUAUCCUUUAUUAGUUAUUCAAUAAUCACUCAUAUAGAAUAGCAAAAAAUAUGAUCUCCUCGGUUACUGACAGACAGACAAUAACAUUUCACCCUCAAGUUUGCACGCUACUUUCUAGAUCGAAAGUCACUUAUUUCACAAAAUUUAAGGUAAAAACAUUUGAUGAAACAGAGGCUUUUACGCAGUACCAUUUAAUAUGGUAUUUUUUUAGUAUGGUAAAUUGGUCAAUAUUUUAAAUAAAUUAAUUAAAAAAUAAUUGUAAAUUGAGUCUGGUCAUAAUUUGUUAACAAUAAUAAAGAAACAAAUUAAAUAACUGUUAAAUUAUAAAUAUCCCACUCGAGGGUUGGAAAUCAUAAAGAAAAAUGUGGUUCUGGUAUGAUCUACAACAUAUGUCUAUGCCAAGUUUUUGGCAGCGGACGACAUUCAGGUGUUACUAGCUCAUGGGCUAAUAGUGGAAAGACUAUUCAGCGAUUUUUUUUUUCUUCAAAUUUUAAUAAUAAUUUUAUCUUCGAUUAUUCCAUAAAAUACGAUUUAACUUAAAUAAUUG